UGUCACAUGUGAGUCUGCAGUGGUGUUGCCAAAGAGAGGCUCUAUUUUUAGGGGAGGAAUGUACACACAGGCCUCGUGGAAAGAGACCAUAACAACAAACAGUGCGCAACACACUCCUACAAAGAGACGGCCCCCUUUGGAACAUAGAGUCACACAGCAUCAACACGAGAGAAAAGAGGAAGAAAGUACAGGAAAAUGUCAAGACAUCAUAUUUUCUGCUAAGAUCUUGCUUUGAAUACAGAGUGGGAGCCCCAGAAAACACAUAAAAAGAGAGCGAGAAGAGGAACAGCAAAGCCUGAAAACCAGAUGGUUUGACAAUGACAACAUGGUUACUCUCCUCAGCAUGGACCGACCAGCAGUCAAAGUCUUCCACUACAAAGACAAAGAGCAGUCCUCCAACCUGCUCCUGCAGCUAAACAGACUGAGACAGGAGAAAAUCCUGACAGACGUGUUACUGUGCUCAGAUAACACAGAGAUCCCAUGCCAUCGUAAUGUCCUGGUCUCCAGCAGUCCUUACUUCAGAGCCAUGUUCUGCAACAACUUCAUGGAGAGACAGCAGACCAAGAUUGACUUAAAGGGCAUCACCUCAACCAUUCUCAGUAGCAUCAUUGACUAUGUUUACACUGGACUCAUUAUUAUCAGCAUGGAUAUUGUGCUGCCCCUGAUGCAGGCGGCGUCCAUGUUGCAAUAUGGCCGCCUUUUUGAGGCCUGUUCGAGUUUCCUUCAGGAGCAGCUGAGCCCAGAAAACUGUUUGAGCAUGAUAAGACUCUCUGAUAUCAUGAAUUGUAAUAGUUUGAGAGACAAGGCAAAGGAGAUGGCCAUGAAGAGCUUCUCUGAUGUGUCAGCAUCUGAGGAUCUGUGUGAGCUCUCCUUACCAGAGCUUAUGGGAUACCUGGAGGACGACAGUCUUUGUGCAGAAGAGGAACAGGUCUUUGAGACACUUGUUGCUUGGAUCCACCAUGAUCCUUUAUCUAGGCGUGGUGCCAUUAGUGACCUUUUCAAGAAGGUUCGCCUUCGAUACAUCCACCCCACCUACCUCUUCCAGUUCAUAGCCAACGACCCUCUGAUCCAGUCCUCCACUCUCUGCACAGAGCUCAUUGAAUCUGUGAGACGCCUCAUGUUUUCUGUCAACACAAAAUGCAUCGGAGACACGGAAGUGGACUUCAAACAUCUCUGGGUGGCACCAAGGCGCUACACCUACCAUGAUAUGCUGGUGGUGGUAGGAGGAAGAAAGAACAAUGAGCAGACCUCGAGGGAGGCGCUAGUCUUUGAUGAGAAGAGCCAGAAAUGGCAGUGGCUUGCCAAGCUGCCCAUUCGUCUGUACAAGGCCUCUUAUGUUGCCCUGCACAGCAUCCUGUAUGUUAUUGGAGGCCUGACCACAAACACAAAGUACAGCCAAGUCAGCACGACUGUCUACACCCUCUCCCUUAAGACCAACCAGUGGCGAACGGCAGAGCCCAUGCUGGAGCCACGCUUUGCCCACCAGAGUGUCUCCUAUCUCCACUUCAUCUUCGCACUGGGUGGCCUUGGGCCUGACAGACGGGUGACAGACCGCGUGGAGAGGUACAACAGUAUGUUUAACCAGUGGGAGUCUAUGGCGCCCAUGCCUGUGGCUGUGCUGCACCCUGCAGUGGCUGCUACUAACCAGAGGAUCUAUAUGUUUGGAGGAGAAGACACCUUGCAGAACCCUGUCAGAAUAAUACAAGUGUAUCACAUUGCCAGGAACAUGUGGUCUAAGAUGGAGAACAGAACAGUGAAGAACGUGUCUGCUCCAGCUGCCAUUAUGGAUGACAAAAUCUACAUCAUUGGAGGAUACACCAGGAGAAUGAUUGCAUACGACACCAAGGCCAACCGGUUCAUCAAGUGUGCCAACCUGAAGGAGAGGAGGAUGCACCACUCUGCCACCGUCCUCAACAACAAACUCUGCAUCACAGGCGGACGUUACAUCAAUGGCCAUGACAUCAUCGAGGACUCGGACAAUUUCGAGUGCUACGAUCCGAAGACAGACACUUGGACGUCAAAGGGGACUCUGCCGUAUAAAGUGUUUGACCAUGGCUCCCUGACUCUGACAUGUGUCUCACAGACAUGGACAAAAUCAUAGCUGAGACAGAGGGGAAGGAUUUAAUGUUGUGAUUUAUUUUUAGUCAAUGUUUCAUGUGUCAUGUUUGAAGUCUAACUCAAAUUUUAAUUCUGUUAAUUUUAAAACAAUCAUUUUAAAAAGAAAAGACUGUCAGUUAAAAAGUAUUUAUGCAGAAAUGUUCUGAUACAUAAAAGAAAGCAUACCACAAGUAUUUUAAACAUUCAGGUCUAUUUGGUGAUUCUAAACUGUAAUACUUGAGUCUUUUUUAUACCUAAAAAUGUGAUUUUUAUGUUGUUGUUUUUCUUUUACAUCGAAACCUAUAAAAACAAGCCAUCCUACUGCACAGCUACUUCUUAACCUGUCUGACUUCACAAAGGGUGAAGGUGCUAUUUUCAGCCUGCUCUAAAUCAUGAGAUUUCACUUGUCAUCUUUAAAUCCAGGGCUGUGUACGGUUUGGUGCAAGUCAAAGCUAUGCUCAGCUGUUAGGUUUGAACCUGCUGCCAUGUCUGGUGAACGUUUGGAUCACUGUCUGUUGCCUCAAUGCAAAAAUGAUGAUGAAAUCAUUGUGAUAACACCAAAUAUUUCAUGCAGUGAUUAAAUCAAGAAAAAUCAUAGGUCACAAGGUUUUGCUAAAAAUGUAGCACUAGGCAGCAUUUAGAUGACCAGUGGUAAUGUUUUUAGUUUUGACAGUUUCUACUGCUUUGGACCUAUUGCCCUCAUGUAAUAUAAUGCACAGUAUAGUUGUGUAACAUCAUAUCUACUGUAUGUUGAAAACAUGGCUUUGCUAAUGAACCUGUGUAUAAAUGAAAUGGUUUUCUAAGGAUUUUGUACUGUUUUCUCCAAGUAAUAAAAUGUUAUUCUUUACA